ACGCCUUCUACCAAGCCCCAGGUACCUCCUUCUCCCCCACCUAGGUACCUCCCCGUCCUUCUCUUCCUGCAAGUUGCCCCUCCAAAUUUUCUUUUGGCCUGCACAUUGAACCCCAAGCCUGUGACGACACGCAAAACGACCUGAAAAGAUGUCUGGGCUGUUCGACACUAUCGGCCAGAAGGCAGAGACGCUUACGUCUGUGUCGGCUCCUAACGGAGCUGACGGCGUUGAAGCGGGCGAGGAGGAGAAUCAGAAGAUCGUUGAAGAGAUCGAAUCUCUCUGCAUGAACUGUCAUGAAAAUGGCAUGACUCGACUCCUCCUCACCAAGAUACCCUAUUUCCGAGAGAUCAUCCUAAUGUCCUUCUCAUGCGACAAGUGCGGCUUCCACAACAACGAGAUCCAGCCUGCAGGGACUGUGCAACUUAAAGGCUCCCACUAUGAACUCCGACUCACCGACAUGGCCGACUUCGAGCGCCAGGUAGUCAAGUCCGAUGCUGCGACAGUAAAGUUCAUCGAGCUAGAUGUGGAAGUCCCUGCUGGGCGCGGCCAGUUUACAAAUAUCGAAGGACUCCUCUCCCACAUUAUCGACGACUUGGAGGCUAGUCAAGAGGAACGCAAGAAGCAAACGCCCGAGGUCUACGCCAAGCUCGAGGAGGUCAUUACCAAGGGCCGGGCCAUGCUGGCUGGCCAAGCAUUCCCUUUCCGGAUGUCGGUCGACGACCCGACUGGAAACUCAUUCAUAACGCCCGACGUUAGGGACGGGGUGGGCAAAUGGGAGAAGCGCGAGUACUUGCGCAGCCCCGAGCAGAAUGAAGAACUCGGUCUUUCCAACACCGUCACCACAGGUCUGGACAAGGAUGGAAAUAUCGUCCCGGAUCAAAUCUACCAGUUUCCCGCCUCCUGCCCGGGCUGCAUGCAUCCCUGCAACACCAACAUGAAGAUGGUCGACAUCCCACACUUCAGGCAGGUGGUGCUCAUGAGCACCACAUGCGAGGACUGUGGCUACAAGUCCAACGAUGUCAAGACAGGCGGCGAGAUUCCGGACAAGGGCAGGAAGGUGUCGCUACGUGUCACCUCGCAACGGGACCUUAGCAGAGACAUUCUCAAGAGCGAGAGCUGCGCUCUAGAGUGUCCCGAGCUCAAGCUCUCGGUCAACCCCGGCACCCUCGGCGGACGCUUCACGACAGUCGAAGGGCUCCUGACCCAAGUGCGCAACGACCUGCGCAGCCAGAUCUUCGAGGCGGAUUGGGGUGCAGGCGGCGCCGUCCCGGCAGUUGCUGCCCAAGGCGGGGACUCGCUCCAGAAGGAGGAGCGCGACCGGUGGACGGCCUUCUUUGACGGGCUGGACGCCGCGAUCAAGGGCGAGCGCGAGUUCACCGUGGUCCUGGUGGACCCGCUGGCGAGCAGCUACGUGCAGAGCCUGGCGGACGACCCGACCCAGCCGGAUUCCCAGAUCACCAUAGAGGAGUACAACCGGACGGCAGAGGAGGAGGAGGAGCUCGGCCUGACGGAUAUGAAGGUGGAGGAUUACGCAGACGAUGCCGGGCCGGAGAAGGAGGACGGCGGAGGUGGAGACGACUGAAUAUGCGUGACCGCUUGAUGGAUGGGAUCAUGCAGGUGGAGAAGCGAUACGGGGUCUUUAUUUUAGAGGCAGCCUCGGGUAAUGGUAUUGUCAGCGCCCUUUGCCUAUGUUUUCACCAGAUUCCCCUGAGCGGGUCUGCUUUGAUCGUG